CAUAAAUAUAACCUCAAAUAGUUUGCUCAAAAACAAUCCCAAUUUCAUAGUGUUUUAUUUAAAUAUACAGCAUUCACAAUGGAUGAAUAUCCGAAUCCCGAUGAAGAAUUUGAGUUAAUGUACGGGGACGAAUUUGAGGAAAUUCGAAAUGAAGAUUAUCCUGAUGAAAUAAUCAGACCACAAAUACAGAAAAGUCAAAACGUACAACAAACUCCUGUAGUUACAAUUGAUAACUCCACUAUCGACAAUUCCGGUGACAUAAUUCUGGCCCAAUCACAACUGGAAUGCGUGAACGAGCCAAUACUUCAAGUUAUUUUAAAUGCUGAUAGUACGCGACCAAGAAAACGUACAGUGGAAGAAUUAUUUGGGGACAUCGAUGAUAUUCUGUAUGAGGACAAUGUUACGUACAAAAAGAAGCAGAAGAACGAUUUUGAUGACGAGUCCGUCGUAAUUGAACAUAUUCUGGAGCUACGCCGAUUAGCAAAGGAACGUAAUCAUCCAGUGAUGAGAUAUAAAAAUGAUCGUGACGAAAAAGACCACUUUAAAUAUAACAUUUCAAGUUCCGUUCCUAAGUACUCAUUCACUACUAUCACCAAAUGUGGUGGGGAAAGAAUGUAUGUGCGCUGCCAUUCGGAACAAUUCAUGAAGGAGGAGUUACAGAAUUUGGCACAGAACUCUCACUUUGUCGGCUGCAUGGGGGACACAUUUAAGGAAGUGUGGAAGGAAGCGGAGACGUUGGUUAAUAGGCAAAUGGAUGCAGCUUGCGACGAAAUGGAAAUUGACGGAUCUAACUUAUCGUGCCAAAGGGAGAGCGGCGCAAAGUUGUGGGUAGACUUGUACAAGCCACAAAGAUACCUCGAGUUACUUAGUGACGAAACUACAAACCGGACAUUGUUAAAGUGGUUUAAAUUGUGGGAUAAAGUUGUGUUUAAUAGACUACCGAAGAUGAAGAUUAAGAAAGAUGUGCCGAAAAGUUUUGGUCAGCAGGAAUUUAGCAUGGGUUUGGACGAACAUGGACGUCCUGAGUACAAAGUUGUGUUGUUAUGUGGGCCUCCUGGAUUAGGUAAAACAACAUUAGCGCACUUGGUUGCGAAACACGCGGGCUACAACGUGGUCGAGGUGAACGCGUCCGACGACCGUAACACAGAAACUUUUAAGAGGAUGCUCGAAAACGCAACUCAAAUGAGUUCGGUGAUCGAUCAAAACAAAAGACCCAACUGUUUGGUGUUCGACGAAAUCGACGGUGCCCCCUCGUCAUCGAUCGAGUUUUUAAUCAAAUACGUAACGGGUACCACUAAGAAAAAGAAGAAGGGCACCGAAUCGCCCCCGCUUUUGAAACGUCCCAUCGUAUGCAUUUGCAACGACGUGUACGUGCCAGCACUGCGCUCUCUUCGUCAAAUCGCGUUCGUGAUCACUUUCCCGCCGACUGCCGGCGUUCGUUUGGCCGAACGUCUUUACGAAAUCGCGCGUCGCGAACGGAUCAAGGCGGAUAUCGGGGCGCUGUUGGCCUUAUGCGAGAAAACGGGAAAUGACAUACGAUCUUGCCUAUCGUUACUGCAUUUUCUAAAAUCGUUAAACAAACCCGUAACCUUAACCUACAUAAACAAGUCGAAUGUCGGACAAAAAGAUAUGCAAAAGGGCCUGUUUGCCGUUUGGCAGGAUAUAUUCGAGUUUCAUCAUUCCAACCCUAACGUCAGCAAUGGCGCCAAGGAAAGUGACGUUCAGAACGUAUUCAGGAACAGAAUGCAAAAAAUAGUGCAAGUAGUGCAGGCGUUCGGCGAUCACGAGAGACUCGCGCAGGGAAUAUUCGAAAAUUAUCAGACACUACAAGUGAAAGACAAUUCUUUGGAUGGCAUUUCUAAGGCGUUGGAAUGGUUUAGUUAUACUGAUCUCGUUAAUCGUCAAAUUUACUCUUUGCAGUGCUAUACUCUAUCGUCAUAUGUGGUGUACGCAUUUGUGAUAUGGCACUUCCUGUUUGCAACGUCUACUAGGCAGAAGUUAUCGUAUCCAUCCGUGGGAUAUGAGGCUAAAGUGAAAGGAACUAAGCAGAACGGCCUGGUGGCGGAAAUGCUAAAAGGAAUGCGACCGACGGUAAGGGCCUUCACGUCCUCCCAACCGCUCAAACUGGACACGCUCCCCCUCUUGUACGACAUAAUCACUCCUCAAUUUCGGCCCGUUAACAUCCACUUGUUCACAAAGCAAGAUAAGGAUAAUCUUUGCUCGAUCGUCUCAACUAUGGUUGACUAUAAUUUAAAUUACAUUCAGGAGAGAUCCGCGGGAAGUUACGUGUACGUCAUGGAACCGAACAUCGAGGAUAUGGUCAGUUUUAAGGACCUGAAGAAGCGGCGCUUGGUUCCGUAUUCGAUUAAGCAGCUGAUUUCUCGCGAAAUUGAUCUCGAGAAGAUGCGCCAGAUUGAGAAGAAUAAAGUUAGCGGGCCUGAAAGUGAGAACGGUCCCAAGGAAGUAGCUAAAUCCGUGCCGAAUCACUUGCAGAACUUGAAGCCGAAGAUGGCAAAACCGAAGGGUAAUGGGAUGGUCACGAAGGACUUUUUCGGACGAGUUAUUACGAAGGCAUCUAACGCAAGUAGAGCAGAGGCUGAUUUCAAAUACGAUGUUUGGUAUCAGUACAAGGAAGGUUAUAACAACGCUGUAAGGAAACGCAUUAAAAUAUCGACUUUAAAAUAACCCUUCAUUUUCUAUUACUG